GUUACCACCAGAGAGACUUGCAACAUGUCUAGUAAGAGAAGGACGUCAAGUAUAGUUUCUUUUUGUUAAUGUUGACAUUGUUUUGUAGUGAAAGAAUAUGUUAUAUUAAUUUAUUUUGUUGUUAAUAGUUGUUCCCGUGACAGUGUAUGAUUACUGUGCAAAAGUUAGAUUUAUACGAAGAAGGAUUUUAUUUCUUGCGCCUUAGUCCUGUUGAACGGCACAGGUAUUUGUAAGAUUUGCUGGUGGCUGCGCAAUGCCUUGCCGGUGUUGUCUUGAGUCACAGCUGCAGCAUCGCACUGGAAGCUGUUGCAGAGCAGGAUGAGUGCUGUGGAGAGACGUGAUCACAGAUUCAACGAGAAUUCUCCACGUCCACCUAUACCAGGUGAGGAGACAGAACUUACAGGAUUGUCAGGCUCACUUUCUCCAGCCGUCUACUCAUCAUGGAGCUCGAAGCACAACAAAGGUGGCAGUUCACCUGUGCUCACCCCUCGUCGCUCCAGCCUUGCUUACACCGCAUCCGGCCUACCAGAUGCACAUGCUCCUCUUGGCUUCGAGCCAGAGGGCAGCUGCAGUACAGCGUUCAUGGAGGUAGGUGGUGGGUCCCAUUCACCACCUCCUUACCUUCGCUGGGCAUGCAACCUGCACAGCCUACUGGAGGACUCGGAUGGUGUGGAAUUGUUCAGGCGGUACCUAGAUCAAGAGGGACGGCCACAUGCUGACACUUUGGAUUUCUGGUUUGCUUGCGAGGGACUGAAGAAACAGCAGGACCCCGACAAGAUCAACCAGCUGGUGAAGGUUAUCUACAGGCGUUUCUUCCUCAAAACUCAACUGGCAAUUCCAGAUGACCUACGCAAGGAUGUGAACCGUCAUAUAAAAGAAGGCAAGGACAUGCUGGAAGGUGACGUGUUCGAUGGCGUACAAGCCGAAGUGGAGAAUCUCAUCAAUGAGACCACGUACCCUAACUUUCUCAAAUCAGAUAUGUACCUGCAGCAUGUUCAGGUCAUGCAGAAUGGUGAACUGUCAUCUGGUUCCACCAGCAGUGGUAGCAGCAGUGGCAGUAGUUCUGGGGGUGGAAGAGAUUUGCCAGGUGGUGGUCCACCCUUACCAACUCUCCAUGAGGACACAGAAUUUGUGACAGAGAUGGGAAGUGUGGGGGGCAGCAAACCACCGGCCACUGGACAUGACGUUCUCCCGCUCACGAAGGACAUGCUUAUGGCAACACAGAAGAGAAGAGCAUUGGAACUGAGGCCUAAGCCAGAAGCCUAUGCAGGGAUGUACUUGCAGCAUGCUCACUACCCCUUUGCCCUCACCCUUCACCCCCACACGGCCUACUCCUCGUAUAACCCAGUGUCGCGGCAGGAUAGUGAACUGCAGUCCCUCAGCUCUGAUGCUCGGACAGAGUCAGACAACAUGUCACUCAAGGAGAGCUCUGUUGAUGGGGGUCACAGCCGUUGCACCAACAAGAAACAGUACCUGCACGACAGCAAACGCAUAAAGGAAAGUGCUAGAGUGAAUAGGGACCCUUACAUGCACCAUAUGAUGAUUCCUCGCACCCAGCGACAGAAAGAACAGGUUUAUCCCAUGAAGCCAGAGGAGUUCGCUUCCAUCCUGAUAGAGAAGCUAGAGCUUGUAAGGCAUGAACAGGAUGCUCAGGAGAAACUGGACCGCAAGCUGCAGGAGGGGGAACUGGUGGGUGGUCAAGAGGAUGGAACUGUCCUGGACUCAGUAGCUACACCCCACAGUCUGGCAGAUGCUAUUAGGGAGAAGCUGUUAGCUGAUGAUGACAGUGACCAGGCCAUACUUGAUCAACAUGUAUCACGAGUGUGGUCAGACUUAACCCCUUCACGCACUCCUGGGCUUAUAUCUCCUAGACCUAAGUCUCCAGAGGGCAGACGCAGGACGGUACCUGGGGCGGCUAUAGCCCUUAGCAAGGUAUCUGCUGUAGCAGGAGUGUUACCAGGUGCAGCAAUUCCGUCCCUUUCCACCAACAUGGGUCUGAUUCACAGCGUGCCUCAUCCAUACCAGUCCCAUUCACGCCCGGCAUAUUACCCUCGCCACAUGCGUAAGGAGAAAGAUGUAUUUUCAACAUUCUCGUCAGACUCUGGAAAUGUGCAUGACUUCCCUGAGGGGUCAGAACAUAAGCAUCAUGGGGGCAGUGGACACAUGCCCAAGAGCAAGUCAAUGCCCGACUAUCAGGAUGUACAGAAACAAGACUUGCCUGGUCAUGACUUCAGAUUCCGCCAAAGUAGAGAUUCAAACAGGAAGUCAAGCAGUAAGAAGACAUCGACGGAGCUGACUGACAGUGGUGUGAGCGUUGUCUCAGAUAGCACGCCAGUCACAUCACACCCCAGUACACAGUGCAAAGACAAUAGGGUUCUGUCAUGGUUGCUGGAUAGCGAUAAGCUGGUAUCUGCUGCAUCGCACUGUCACAGUGAGCGAGAGGCCUCGAAGCAUCGUGUGCGAAGGAACGAUCCUUCCACCACCUCUCCUGUAGCAACCAGGCACAGUCGAAAACCAACGGCAGCGUACAGUACUUCUCGGUCAGGCUCUCUGGAACGUGGAAGCAAUGGAGGGGUAGGCCCUGGUGGGGCAUGGGGCCCUGCUCAGCCAUUUGUAGCAGACCCAUCAAUGCCACCACUGCCACUCCCACAUACAGCCACACAGCUCGAGGAAGCAAGACGCAGGCUACUAGAAGAGGAAGGUCGUAGCAAGGCAGCACGACAGAGGUUUGCGAUAUCAUCCUUGAAAACUGCUGGUGCAACGAUGCACAUGCCUGUAGAUGCACCUCUGUCUGGUCAGUCAACAUUACGCAAGAGUUUACGUGGUGGUCGCAGUUCCUUGCCUGGGGCAGCCACCUGCAUGGAGAGCUCAGAGUUCACUACAGUUGUCUUCUCAUUCUGUGAUGAACAGUUCCCAUACCGCACCAAGAUUCCUGGACGGUCUGUCACACUGCGGCAGUUCAAGGAAUACUUGCCCAAAAAAGGCAGCUAUCGGUAUUUCUUCAAGACGGAGUGUGAUGACUUGGACAUGAGAGUGAUUCAAGAAGAAAUAACUGAUGACAAUGAGAUUUUGCCAUUGUGGGAAGGGAAGAUAAUGGCACAGGUGAAGCCAGUUGAUUGAAGGAAGAUCCGGUUGAUUAUUAUUAAUUACCAUCAGGUGUGAAACGUGUGCCUUUUUCUCUCUUUCCUCCCCUCUUAAAGUGAAUGUGUUCCUUAAACAUCUCAGUGAUAUAUAUAUUUUUUUUUCCGUAGUACAACUAUUUACAAGUACGGAGUGUGUUGGCGUAAUGAGACAUGCUGACAGAAAACUUAAUUCUGUAAAAACAGAAACUGAUGGCAGCUCCAUCUUAAUCAUUUAUCACGUGUGGAAAUGUAAUUCUGUUGAGGCUUGGUUAGUAACAAGUAUGUGUGUGCCAUGUUUUGGAUAAGUUCUGU